CUUUAGGAUAUUCAUGUCGAUUGGAAAUCGAUUCGAAAAUGUGCACGAACAGUUUUGUUCAAUCAAUUGUAUAUUUUUCUUCCAUUUCUUUUUUUCAUUUGCCCAUUAUUUAUGCAUCUAAAUGUCCGAUGGUAUUUGCCUUUUCCCUCAUGGUAACAUAAACUGUUUGAAUAUUAUUAAAAUAACGUCUUGACCCUUGGGCUCUUUUUCUCUCUUAUUAUUUCCAGGCAUCGGAUCGUAUUUGAACUGUUUGGCUUUGUUCUUGUCACUGAAGUAUUCUUUUAUUACAGUCAUCUUCUUCUUGUAAAUAACAGAUGUUGUGCUAAAUAUCACGCAUAAUUAUUUUGUUGUUUUAAUAUAGCAUACAUCGUUCAUAUAUGAACGUGUACAUAAGCAACAUCAUCAAUUUCGAGCACCAAUCGGUCUCGCUUCGGAAUAUGCCCAUCCAAUUGAAUUUGUCAUUUCGAACAUUGGCCCUGUCGCUGCUGGUCCGUUACUCUUUCGAUCUCACUUAUUAACAACAUGGAUUUGGCUUUUGGUUGCACUUGUGAGCACAAACCAUGGGCAUUCAGGAUAUUCUAUACCAGGUCCAUUUGGUAUUAAUAUUAUCAAUGCAAAAUUUCACGACUUUCAUCAUUCACAAUUUACCGGAAAUUUUGGCAGUGUAGGUAUACUUGAUCGUCUUCAUGGCACUGAUAAAGCCUGGCGAGCACGAAAGAUGAUGGAAAAAAGCAAAAACAGACUGCUUGGAAAUGAAUAA